AUGGGCAUGUUAAGUGUGGACUUGUUGGUAACCUUGCAGAUAUUGCCAGGUUUCUUCUCCAACUGCCUAUUCCUGGCGCUAUAUGAUUCGGUGGUCUUACUGAAGCGCAUGGUGUCACUCCUUAGCUGUUCUGGGUCGGCUGCCGGCGACGAAUGGCAGCGCAUGUUGACUUCUGCCGGCUUGAGAUCUAUAUGGAACAGUUUCCUACUGGAUGCCUAUAAGCAGGUGAAGCUUGGUGGGGAAGCACCAAACUCCAAGGUGGUGAAGGUUCCCAGCAUAAGCAGCAGGAAGCUGAGCUUUGGCAGCAGGACAGGCGAUGAGUGCCGCCUGCUGGAUUUCGAGACGUCCGACCGCCCCUUGGUGGUCAACUUUGGCUCGGCCACCUGACCCCCCUUCAUCAGCCACCUGCCUGCCUUCCGGCAGCUGGUGGAGGAGUACUCGGAUGUGGCUGACUUCCUUCUGGUCUACAUCGACGAGGCUCACCCCUCAGACAUCUGGGCGGCGCCCGCCAUGGAAGCGCACUCGUUCAAGGUGCGUAAGCACCGCAGCCUGGAGGAGCGCGUGCUGGCUGCCCAGCGGCUCCUGGAGCACUUCUCCAUGCCUCCGCAGUGCCAGCUAGUUGCAGACUGCAUGGACAACAACGCCAAUGUGGCCUAUGGUGUGUCAUUCGAAAGAGUCUGCAUUGUGCAGAAGAAGAAAAUUGCCUACCUAGGGGGAAAGGGACCAUUUUUCUACAAUCUGAAAGAUGUCAGGCAGUGGCUUGAAGAGAGCUACAGAAAGCGGUAG